UCUAAACGGAGGGUCGGAGGGAGUCCUAUAUUUAAACUCUUGAUAAUCUUGAGUUGGCUUUGAAGUUGGCUCCAGGCUCCAGCGGGUCUUUCUCGCACUACACAAACUUAACACAGGAUUACCUGAUGAUCAGGUGCUUAAACUGAAAUCUGUCCAAUUCAUGCUUGGCCGCAACUCACUCUUCACUGUCUUGACAAAUCUCGUACCCUCCAAAUCAAUACGUUUUUGCAACUACACUUCCCUCCCUUCUCUUUAUCUUCUAAACUCUUGUUUCAAUCUUCAACAACUCAAACAAGUUCAUGCUUUGAUUGUGAAAGAUGGGUCUUCACAAAGUCUUACAUUAUCAACUAAAAUCAUCACUCUUGCCUGUUCUUUUUCUCCCAAUAUGGACUAUGCCCGCAACCUGUUCGAUAUUACGUCUGAGAGGAAUCUGUAUCUCUGGAACAUAUUGAUUAGGGGGUAUGCUGACAGGGGUCCUUGUCAUGAAGCCAUAAUUCUGUAUAGAAAUAUGCAUCAGUCAGGAUUAUUGCCUGAUGAUUAUACUUUCCCGUCUGUGGUUCGGGCUUGUGCUGUACACUCGGCUUUUUGGGAGGGAAGACAAGUGCAUUGCAAUGUUUUGAAAAACGGGGUUUCUCUUGAUGUGGUUGUGCAAUGUUCUUUGGUUACUAUGUAUUCGCAAAGUGGGGAGACUUGGAAUUCGGAACUUGUGUUUGGUGAAAUGGUUGUGAAGAACAUUGUAUCAUGGACUUCACUGAUCGCGGGGUAUGUUCAAAAUGGAUUCUUUGAGAAGGGUUUGUCUGCUUUCAGAGAUAUGAUGGCUUUUGGGGUUCGACCAAAUGCUGUUACUUUAGUGAGUGUUCUUCCUGCUUGUGCCAGUAUGGAGUUUUUUAAUUCAGGGAAGCUGAUUCAUGCUUAUAGUUUUAAACUGGGAUUCAUCUCUGAUAUUUCGCUGGUUAACUCUUUGGUUGCUUUGUAUGGUAAAUGUGGCCAUGUUGAUAUUGCCAGAUCUUUGUUUGAUCGGAUGGCUGUCCGGACUGUUGUCUCAUGGAAUGCAAUCAUCGCUGCUUAUGAACAAAAUAAAGCUGGUGCAGAUGCCAUUAAGCUCUUUCGUAGAAUGCAAACAGAAGGUGUAGAAUAUGAUUUUAUCACAUUAGUCAGUGUAAUUUCAGCCUGUGCCAGUAUUGGAGCCCUUGAUACUGGAAAAUGGGUACAUGACCUAGUCAGGUGCAAAGGUUUAGAAACUAAUGUUUCAAUCACAAGUGCACUUAUUGAUAUGUAUGCAAAGUGUGGAAACAUAACUUUGGCUAGGGAUGUUUUUGAUAGGUUAAGUUAUAGAAGUGUUGUGUCAUGGACUUCAAUAAUUGCGGCAUGUGCAUCUCAUGGAUAUGGAGAGGAUGCUGUCUUGCUUUUCUCUAAAAUGAAAGAAGAAGGUAUUAAACCAAAUAUCUAUACUUUCACAGCUGUCCUGACUGCCUGUAGGCAUUCAGGUUUUGUAGAAGAAGGGAGGAAGCAUUUUGAAAGCAUGACCAGAGAUUAUUUAAUCAUGCCUGGCAUAGAGCAAUGUGCAUGUAUGGUCGAUCUUCUUGGUAGAGUUGGUGAGUUGCAUGAAGCUUAUGAAUUCAUCAAUAAUAUGUCAAACGCAGAUGCAGGUGUUUGGGGAGCCUUGCUUGGUGCUUGUAGAAUACAUGGAAAUCUUGAGCUGGCAGAACAUGUGGCUGAUAGAUUGUAUAAGUUGAACUUCCAUUCUAUUAGUUUGUAUGCCCUUAUGGUAAAUAUCUAUGCUGAAGCUGGAAGGUGGGAGGAUGUUGCAAGAAUGAGGAUCCUGAUAGAUGAAAGAGAGCCAAAAAGGAUUCCUGCCCUGAGUUCAGUUGAAGUAAAUCGAAGAUUCAUACAAUUACGUCAGGAAUAAGCUUAACCAUCUGGGAAAGCUUAGUCGUAAGAUGCAUGCCAGCAUUGUGAAGACAGGCGUUCAAGUACCUGCUAAUCCUAUGUAUUAUGCACAAAAGAGACCGGUUGUUCCUAAAUGAUUAUAGGAGGACUAUUCUAACUGAUUACAAGUAGACGAGAGUUGUUCCUGU